AUCAGACCACAUAAACAAUCCAUGGCAGAACUUAAACUACGUAGAUUGGCGGAACAUAAUAUAAGGUUGAGGGCGGAUUUGAUCAGACCCAGAGUGAAAGUUAGUGAAGCUAGUUUCAAUUUAAUACAUUAUAGUACAACUACCAAAGAUCCCUUAUUACCUUCUUUAUGGGGUGAAUUGGGAAAAGGACAAGAUCCUUAUGCUCCGGUGGAAAGAGGAUGUUGUAUUAGUAUG